AUGAGUGACCAUGAUGCUGUUAUCUGUAAUGUCAAUCUCAGAGCAAAUCCACCAGCUAACCCUAAAUGGAAUGUUUAUCUCUACAAGCGGGCUGACAUGGAAGGCCUUCGGCGGAAACUAAAGGAGCGGUUUGAGCUAUUCGAAGCAUCCCGUCCUGAAACAAAGUCUAUUCGAGCGAACUGGGAUCACCUUAAAGCAGAUAUUUAUAACUCCAUUAACGAGUUCAUACCACAGCGAACACUCAAAAACAAAAGAUCUCCCCCAUGGUGCAAUGCAAACAUUGGGCGUCUCAUUCGUAAAAAGCAGCGAUGUUAUAACCCUGCACGUCGCAACGGAAAGGAACAAGUUUGGCGUAGAUUUAGGCAUCCCCGUAAGCUCGUACAUACAGAACUACAGCUAGCACACCAACAAUAUGUAAACAGUUUAUUAGACAUUGAUGAGGCUGACCCUAUUCACGACCAUGCUAAGGCAGGUAUCACCAAGCUCUUCUGA